AUGCUUGCGGUUCAGAAAGCUCUCGAGGCACGUCAAGUGUGGGAGAAUCUAGAGCCUGGUGGUGAAGCAUGCGAACCAGUUCUUGGGAAAGUGCAUGAGGCUCGGAGAACCUUUGAGGCAACUCAAGUGAGAGUGAAUGCUGAGGCUGGGAAUCAGCUGGUGGCGCAGCUGGUGGCGCAGCUGGUGGCGCAGCUGGUGGCGCAGCUGGUGGCGCAGCUGGUGGCGCAGCUGGUGGCGCAGCUGGUGGCGCAGCUAGUGGCGCAGCUGGUGGCGCAACUGGUGGCGCAACUGGUGGUGCAACUGGUGAUGCAACUGGUGACGCGGCUCGAGCCACCUGUAGCCGUCAUCUGGCAGCAGGUGCUGGUAGCGGGGCAGGUACCUGUGCCGCUGCCUCUUCACGCGGCUGAGAGGGAGGAGAGGGGAGCGGAGGUGGCAGCAGGAGUGAGGAAACAAGACGUAUGA